UCUAUCAUACUUUUAUUCCCACUCAUCAUUUUGUAUAUAUCACAGAAGUUUCCUAAUAUAGUUCCUACGAAACUUACUAUGAAGCUGCAUCAUCAUUAAACAAAACCUAUGGAGUUUUAUAUUUAUGUAUAUAUACACAUACCAUGAUGUUUUUUUUUCAUAACUGUAUACCAGUUGCAAAAAAAAAAUUAUGACAGAUAAAAAUCCAUAUUCACCUGACAGUGAUUUCACCAACCAGUGGCCUUUGGAGCCUUCUGAGUACUUGAAAUUUGACGAUGAUCAAUGGCCAGAUGAUAAUCCAGAGCCAUUUCUUGCCGAACAUGUCACCAACCAAGACAAUGAAUUAGUAGCUGAUUUUGGAGGAAGUGGAAGCCGAAUCGAAGGACCAGCUUCCAGGAGUGAAGGUGAGAAGAAGGAAGUUAAAGAUAAAGUUGCAUUCAAAACAAAGUCAGAGGUUGAGAUUCUGGAUGAUGGAUUCAAGUGGAGGAAGUAUGGAAAGAAGAUGGUAAAAAACAGCCCUAAUCCAAGGAACUAUUAUAGAUGUUCUAAAGAUGGAUGCCAAGUGAAAAAGAGAGUUGAGAGAGAUGUGGAUGAUCCGAGUUAUGUGAUAACAACCUAUGAAGGCACACAUACUCAUCCAAGUUUUCACUAGAACAAGUUUUAGCAUAUUCAUGGGCCAUAGCUAGCCACUAGUAGAUGUCUUAACUUAUGUCCUUUGGAAGAAGUGAGAAAUGUUUGCAUGUCUCGUUUGAGUCAUGAAAUUAGGUCCAUUUGUCUUAAUAGGUGUAUCUAAUAUUAGUAUAUUGGAUGUCUAUUUUCACAAUCCAAAAAAACUGCUGUGGUAUAUAUAGUUAUAAUGAUGUUACUAAUUUUGAAUCGAACUUAAAUAUAAUUAAUUAAUGAUGAAAGUUUUAAGAA